UUUCAGCUGCUUCUCUGUCCUCCUGGCACCUACGUCCUCACCCUCCAGCAUGAAGGCGCUGAGCCCGGUGCGUGGCUGCUACGAGGCAGUGUGUUGUCUGUCGGAGCGCAGCCUGGCCAUCGCCCGGGGCCGAGGCAAGGGUCCUGCAGCCGAGGAGCCGCUGAGCCUGCUGGACGACAUGAACCACUGUUACUCGCGCCUACGGGAACUGGUACCCGGUGUCCCGCGAGGUACUCAGCUUAGCCAGGUGGAAAUCCUGCAGCGCGUCAUCGACUACAUCCUCGAUCUGCAGGUGGUCCUUGCCGAACCGGCACCCGGACCCCCAGACGGCCCUCAUCUCGCCAUCCAGCAGACAGCCGAACUUACUCCAGAACUUGUGAUCUCUAACGACAAGAGGAGCUUCUGCCACUGACCUGGCCGUCCCGGUGCCUCCCAGAAUGCAGGUGCUGGCGCCCGUUCCGCCUGGGACCCGGGACCCUGGACCCUCUCUGGCCAGAAGCUCGAGGGCGUGAUGAGGAGCCCCAACACAGCCCUGCCCAUUUGACUCCCCCCAGACGCCUGCGUCAAGGCUGGAGAUCUGGCGCCCGGGAGCGAAGGACUGAACUUGGGUGGCCUGAAGAGCCAGGGAGAGCUCUGGGCACCAGCUGAGCAACGGCACUCUGUCCCCACCCCAAGUUUAAAGACUGUCUUUUCAGAGUAUGGAGGGGGGGUGCCCUCCAAACUCUGCCAAGGCUGCGGUAGGGCUGGUCUUUUUGGAAAAAGGCUCUGCCGCCCCACUUAUGAGCUCUAUAAUAGAGUAUGCAGCUUUUGUACCAUUUUUACAGGAAGGUGGCUUCCUGUAACCAUGUGAUGUAUAUUAAACUUUUUAUAAAAGUUAACAUUUUGCAUAAUAAACCAUUUUUAAACA